AUUAUAUAUAAUAUAAAAGAAAACCCAAGGGGGGUAAAACCUCUUUGGACUUAUUAGAAACAACCAAAAUCAGUCAUAUAGAAGUUGUUUGUUGGAUUAAUGGGGAGCAGCGGUGGUGAAGUAGGUAAAACCCUAAAAGGAGGAGGAGGAGGAGAAGUAAGAAUAAUUGAGGCGACCCGAAGACCCGACGGAUCACUUCGAAAAGAACGUCGCGUUAGACCUGGUUAUACUCCUCCCGAUGAAGUUCCCAAAUAUAAAUCCAAAGGCGCCUUGUUAAAGGAGAAGGAAUCAAUAGUAACAGUGCCUCCUGGUUAUGAUCCUGAUGUAGAUGUUGUUGCUAAAGCUAAGAGCAAGGCGGCAAAGCGCAAUGAAAGAAAGAAGGAAAAGCGUAUGCAGGCCUCCUCUGAUAAGGGAAAAAGUGAAGCUUCAUCUAACGAAGAUGUAGACCACGCAUCGGAAUGUGUCGAGUCCCUUGUGUCUCAGAUAAAUGACAUAACUAUCUCUGGAAAUUCUUCGGCUGCUAACCCUCCAUUGAAUUCAACCGAGGGUUCAGCAACGGGAGAUCAUGUUCCUGAUAUUGAUAAAAGAAUUCGCGCACUGAAAAAGAAGAUCCGGCUGACAGAGGCUCAACAGCAGAAAGCAGGAACUGAUUUGAAACCGGAACUGUUGGACAAGGUAGCUAAGUUAGACAAUUGGCGACAAGAAUUGAAGCUUCUGGAGGAUGAAAAAGCUUCUUUGGAAGCCCUAUAAAACCAGUUCUAGUGUGUUUCGUUAGGAUUAAUACAAUUGUAGUUUUUCUUUUAUGGUUUGCUUUGUUAUGAUUAUAGCUACCGUUCAUUUAAAACUAAAUUCAAGCUAAAAUUAGAUACUGGAAGCUGUUGACAUAAUGAGCAAGUUAUUUUUUUUCGCCAAAUUUCUAUGUAUUUUAGAACA